CACGAACAUUAUCACGAUUUAUCUAUUGCGACAAAAUCAAUCCUAGAACACAUCUUUCAAAGAAACAUCAUCAUGGCAUCUCCAUCAUCCAGUUCCGGCGAAGAGCCCAAGAAGAAUGAGGAACAAAUCACUUUCAGAUUCUGUAGCGAAUGUUCGAAUAUGUUGUAUCCAAAAGAGGACCCCGAUACCCACCGCCUACAAUUCGCAUGCCGUACUUGUCAAUAUUCCGAGGAGGCUGUCUCCUCUUGUGUCUUCAGAAAUAUUCUUAACAAUGCUGUCGGUGAGACUGCAGGUGUCACUCAGGAUGUUGGAUCUGAUCCCACUCUUCCACGAUCCAACAAGACUUGCCCUGCUUGCAGAAACGAAGAUGCUGUAUUUUUCCAGUCUCAACAGAGAUCUGCGGAAACGGGAAUGAAACUCUUCUACGUAUGCUGCGGGUGCGGUCAUAUUUUCCAAUGAUACCCCGGGUUUCGAUUUUUAGAGAAGGCGUUGUUCUUUGGAGAAACAGGUAUAUGGAG